AUGGAGAGCUUCGACGACGUGACUCUUAUCGGCCCAGUAUUAGACCCCACAGUACACGAUGACCACCUCUCUACAAACCAUGAUACGAAGAGGAAACCCGACGGAGAAUCUGGUGGCACAGGAACCCCCACUUCCAGCCAGUCCGUGAAUGCAAGCCGCACCCAAAUCGAGGAAGCUGGAUCUGAAAUAGCGGAAGAACCAACAAUAUCAACUGAGUUUCCUCCGGAAGAGGAAGAUGAAGAACCACACGUUGCGACGUCUUUUGAGCGCGAAUCUUCGCCCUCGUCUGCGCAAAAACACCGCUUAGGAUUGGAGGGCGAAGAUGAGGGCAUCACCCGCUUGCACAAAUUCACACUCUACGAGACGGCGACCAGAUUCUACAUGGUUGGAAUCAACCUAUCCGAGACGCGCUUCCGAAUUUUGAAAAUCGAUCGCACCACGGAGUCAGGCGAGUUGAGCAUCAUCGAAGAUGAAAUGAUUUACACAAAGAGGGAAAUGACCCAGCUUCUCGACGCCAUCGACGAUGGCAAUAAGAGCUCCGGUGGUCUUAAUCAAAAAUGUAGUGCUUGGGCUUUGCUCGGCUUUAUUCGAUUCACAGGGGCAUAUUACAUGCUUCUUGUCACAAAGAGAAGCCAGGUGGCCAUGCUGGGCGGUCACAAUGUCUACCAGAUCGAUGAGACAGAACUUGUCCCAUUGACAACAUCGGACUUAUUCCGUCUCAAGCCAGAGAACCAACCAGAUGAGGAGAGAUACAAGGCAAUAUUGAAUAAUCUUGACCUUACCCGAUCCUUCUACUUCAGCUACUCCUACGAUAUCACAAGGUCAUUACAGCAUAAUGUCUGCCGCGAACGGAAAGCCCAUCAGGAUGGAUUGCCUCGAUUUUUACCGCAGGACUACAAUACCAUGUUUGUUUGGAACAAUCAUCUCCUUGCUCCAGCGUUGGCCACCCUGAAGAACCCAUUCCAAUGGUGCCUUCCGAUCAUUCAUGGAUAUGUGGACCAGUCGAAGAUGAGUGUAUUUGGACGAUUGGUAUACAUUACGAUCAUUGCUCGGCGGUCUAGACUUUUUGCUGGUGCUCGAUUUUUGAAGCGAGGUGCCAAUGAUUUGGGAUAUGUGGCAAAUGAUGUGGAGACCGAACAGAUUGUUUCUGAGCAAACAACUACAUCCUUCCACUCUGCAGGCCCAACACUGCAUGCGAACCCCAAUUACACUUCCUAUGUACAGCACCGUGGAAGUAUUCCUCUCUAUUGGACCCAAGAGAAUACGGGCGUCUCACCGAAGCCUGACAUCGAGCUAAACGUCAUCGAUCCAUUCUACUCCGCAGCGGCAUUGCAUUUUGAUAAUCUUUUUGAGAGAUAUGGGACGCCGGUCUACAUCCUGAACCUUGUCAAAGCUCGUGAACGGACACCGAGGGAGUCAAAGCUCCUCAAAGAGUUCACCAAUGCCGUUGAAUAUCUUAACCAAUUUCUGCCCGAGGACAAGAAACUGAUUUACAGAGCGUGGGAUAUGAGCCGCGCGUCAAAAAGUCGAGACCAGGAUGUAAUACGAACGCUGGAGGGGAUUGCUGGUGAUAUUAUACCAAAGACGGGGUUUUUCAAAAACGGAGGCGAUGUUGAGUCGGGCCUGCAGCUUCAGAAUGGAGUAGCGCGAACUAACUGCAUCGACUGCUUGGACCGAACUAACGCAGCGCAAUUUGUUAUUGGCAAACGAGCCCUCGGGUACCAACUUCACGCUCUUGGUGUCAUCGACGAGACAACAGUCGAAUAUGACACAGACGCUGUCAACCUGUUUACAAACAUGUUCCAUGAUCACGGGGACACGAUCGCCAUCCAAUAUGGAGGAUCCCAUUUAGUCAACACCAUGGCCACAUACCGCAAGAUAAAUCAGUGGAGUAGCCAAUCUCGCGAUAUGGUAGAGAGCUUCAAGCGAUACUACAACAACUCUUUCCUCGAUGCCCAACGUCAAGAAGCAUACAACCUCUUCCUCGGGAAUUACAUUUUCUCGCAUGAUGCCCCGAUGCUUUGGGACCUUGCAAACGAUUACUACCUGCAUCACGGAAAUCCCAAAUUGCAGAAAAAGCGACCGCAUUACAUUCACUGGUACACACCUGAAAAUUUGAAAGAGCGGGAAAUGCCUCCUCCACCAGCAUGUCCGAAAGAGCCACUCUCUCGCUUUGACGAUUACUGGCUGGAAUACUACCGUCCACUUGCACUUUCCACACUCUCCAAGAUCUACUCCUACAAGAUGAACUCUACUCUACGCUACCUUCCCCAUUUUCGUGGAAGCCAGGUUGCUCCAGAUCUCAGUCCAUUCGUACCCCGCAUCCCACCAGAGCAAGUCCAGCGCGACCGUCCACAGCGAUCAGUGAAGAUCCAAGAACCAAACACCCGCUCUACAACAACAACGCCACCAAUCCUGGAAUCUGACCAGGGCUGGACACGGCAGCUACCGUCCUCCUCGAAACAGCCCCCCUCGGUUGGAAUCAUCAAGGAGCCGACAUUUGAGUUAUACCAGGGAAAUCGCAUCCCACCCAUCAACUCAUCUACCACCUCAACCACACCCAGCAAAGCGCAGAUUGCUCAAUGGACACUCGGACAGCUAGUCUCUGAUUCUUUGAAUCCGUCUGUUACCGCAACAGAAGCAGAGGAAUACGAGCGCUACAUCAACCAUCCUCUCAAAGUCCCGCUGGUCGUUACGUCUGAAAGUGAAGUGACGGCCGCCUCACUUCGAGAACAUAAGCCGAAUCUCGAUCUUCUGGAGUAUGCGAAUAAGUGCAAUGUUGAGGAAGCCGUGCUUGAAGCGAACGCGGAGGAAAACAUGUCCGAUUACGCGGAGUUUCUCAAUGUGUCGGAGGAGGGGCUUACCGUCGUCGGUGAGGAUUAUGAAAAGAAGAGAUAUAAGAGGUAUAGACAGUGGUUGCGUGGAAAGAGUCUUUUCAAGCAACGGGUUGAUAUGUGA